AUGUUUGCCCUAUCCAACGUCCCACGCACAGAUUCCUGGCGAUUUUGGCUACUUCUCGUCGUCGAGUACGGCAUUGCCGUCUUUGUCUGCUUUCAUAUCAUCUAUCACUUUUCUCUAUACUGCCGCGAUCGAAGAAGGUACAGAGCAGCUCCCAACCCAUCAAAUUAUGCUAUACUCAUCCAAGAUGUUCCGCUAGUCCAUUGCUCCGAAAAAAUCAUCCACCGAUAUUGGAACCGCCUCUUACCAGAUCAAGUUGCUGGAGUCUUUCUCAUUCACGACGCUAGCCGUUUGGAAAGGGACAAGAAAAAGUUUUGGAACGCCGUCGCCAAACGAGAGGUCGCAGAGCUUCGCUUGCAUGAAGCGAAUUUGAAAUCAAGCAAGAAGAAAAGCAAGAAAAAGGAAAAUGCAUGGAAUCCUACAAACAACCCCUAUACCCGUAAACCCCAUUCCGUGGAAUCUGCUUCUGGUACUUUUUCACAUGACGAAACCCCGCGACGUUUGCCGAAAUUUCUUUGCGGACCUCCACGGGACCCCACUCAGGCCAUUGAGUAUUGGAGAGAACAGCAGGUUCGCUAUUGGGCACACGUUUCGGCUCAUCUCAUAAAGUCCGACGAAGGACAGUUCCCAGAGACCCAGUCGGCAAUAGUCGUGUUUAAGAGUAGGCAAGUAGCUGCUAUUGCGGCGCAAACCAAUUUUUCUCGCAAGGAGGAUGAAUGGAGAGUAUCACGUGCCCCUGAGCCAACUGCCAUUAACUGGUCAGCCCUGGGUAUUUCAAGCUGGACCGUGUAUGUGCGACAGUGCGUAACUGCAUUACUCUGUGUUUCCCUCACCUUGUUCUGGAUCGUUCCAGUUACUGCUAUCAUGGGACUUGUCAAUUUAUCCAAGCUUGCUCAGCUUGAGAUCGGUGGAGAGAAACCGUUUCUCUUUUUUGACCAAAUGAAGGAGUGGUCUCCGCUUGCCGUCGGUUUCAUUGAGUCGUGGCUGCCUACCGUGAUCCUGACGGUCUUUCUAGCGAUUGUUCCCAACAUUCUGCAUUUCUUCGUCUCAAUUUCGCGCAUUGUAUCCCAUGCCCAGAAAGACGGCCUUGUUCGUGAUUGGUAUUUUGUGUUCAUCACGUUUUCUAAUUUUCUUUUUGUCGCAUUUGCUGGUACAUUUCUGGAUGAACUGGCUGUUAUCCUUGACAAGCCAACAUCGACAGUUGAGAUUCUCGCGCGCAACAUUCCCAAGCAAGCGGCAUUCAUGAUGAAUUUCAUUGUCUUGGCUGCUCUCACAGAAACACCCAGGGAAUUGCUGCAGCUCGUACGAGUAGGAAAAAGGUGGAGUAAGUUGCGAUUUAUCGCAAAGACAAAACGACAACGAGAAGAAGCAGACGUAGGAGAUUCAUCUAUGGACUACGUGGGGUUUUACGCAAUGGGUCAGCUUGUUUCUCUACUCGGGUUAAUAUACUGCACGAUUCAACCCUUUAUCGUUUUUUGCUGCGUGGGUUACUUCGGAAUCAGCUACAUUGUCUUUAAGUACAAUGUGUGUUUCACCACGUACAAUGACUAUGAAGCCGGUGGGCGGAUGUUUGGUGGUUCUUUGUAUUCUAUAUGGCUUGGUCUGUUUUUACAUCUUUUGACAAUGAUUGGAGUCUUUGGUUUGAACAAGAGCGCUGCCCAGAGCGCGUUAAUUAUCGUUCCAAGUGUGCUGGCAGUUCUCUUUGUGUUGCACUGCAACAAAAGUUUUGAUCGCGUUCUUGAGCACGGAUCUGUCCUUGAAACCCAAGACCGCAUUGAAGAGCUUGAGGGCCGAAAACACGGGUGUGAUGAAAUCGAGCCUGGCCUCGUAUCAACUUUUCAGCAUCCCAGUUUCGAAGCUCUUCCUGAUCCUCAUGAUCUUGAUAAUUUGAGCGGCGUCGCAGAUCUAGUUGAGCAGGAGAAAACAGGAGCUGGCUGGGUGGAAGAUGAGGCCCUUACCGUCGCAAUAGAUUCAUGUGAAUCACAUGCUGGAAGCAGAGUCACGGUAGCUAUCAAUGGCGAUAUAGAUGAACUCAGGCAAGAACUAGGUGACUCAGAGGCAACCAACAACGAGACAGAUGCUUAUGGUUCUUCUGCGCCACGGCAGCCCACUCAGGGCCAUAUCAAUAGUUUAUGCGGACCUGGAAUUACGGAUGAUCCUUUUACUUUUGAAAGACCGAGAAACGUAGUUCGAGCUGAUACAGAAAACAUCGUUGCUGCUGAGAUCGUACGAAAAAGGUUGACUAGGAGCAGAAUGACUGGUGGUAAUGCAGAUGUCGCUUUUGAGAGACAUAGAAUGACAGUAUCAGACCCUCCGCAGCCAGGCAAUGUCGAUCUUGCAGCCUCGCCGACACCAAGCGAGACGGACUUUGACACCUCGUAGUCCCUGAGCUUUCCUUGUGAAGUCUCAAAGUGAAGUCUCAAAGUGAUUGUCGGCUUCGCGAAAGAAGAAGACACGCUAUCAUGUACACGAUAGUUAGAGGCUUCGAAAAGAGCAAAAUGUAAUUAUAGUGCUACAUUCAGUUAGAACAUACAGAGAAUUGAAAAACUACUGAGCUUCAGCAACAUCUUGCUGGUGAGCACCAGCUACGUUUUGAACGUUGUCAAA